GCCGGCAGCGCGAUAUCGGGGGCUAGGGAAGUAACACUCGGUGUGUGCCUGUGCUUUUGCUGGACAAUUGUUUGACGAAAGAACCUCAGAAGUUUAAUCGACAUGAUGGCAUGUGAGGCAACUGCAGCCCUUUGCCUCGGCUGCAAAGAAGGUACUCGGUGAAAGGGUAGGACUCCGCGAGCCAAAGAGAUCUUAGUCCUUCGGGUGCUCAUGUCCUCGGCCACCUGCGCCUUGAGAAGUCAAAUGGGUCAAAUGGACAAGACACCAUUGUUUGGAUUAGGAAUUUCCAUUGCAUGCAUGGUGGUAUCGGCCAUCGUGGUCAAGCAAUACUUUAGCAAGAUGCCCACAGGAUGCGCAUUUGUAACACAGCCUGGGCUAGUUGGACUUCUGCUGGGAGCAUUGCCAGAAAUGUGGAAAUAUAUUUUGAGGUACGAGGCGCAUAGUGGGCUUGCAGAGUACCAUGAACAAGAGGGAGACACACUCUAUUUCGACUUUGGUCUCCUGCGAUACUUCAUGCCAGCCGUCGUGAUCACGCGUGAUCCUCGCAAUGUGAAAUAUAUGCUGAAAACAAAGUUCGACAGCUUUGUCAAGGGGGUGACCUUCCACACCAUUGGGCUUGACCUUUUGGGAGAUGGCAUUUUCAAUGUCGAUGGGGACCUGUGGUUCAAACAGCGCAAGACAGCAUCCCAGAUGUUUACAGCCAAUCGCUUCAAGCAGCAUAUUUGGAAAGUAGUGAGGAAGAAUUGUGACAAGGUGAUUUCUCUGUUGAGGGCGAGCCAGGAGCCCACUGUUGACAUAUUCAAUGUGCUAAAUCGCUUCACACUCGACUCAAUUGGUGAAAUCGGCUUCGGAACCGACAUUGGCUCUUUGGAGAACCCCGAAUCGCCAUUCUUGGGUUCUUUCGAUGCAGCACAGAGGCUCAUGUUCAUUCGCUUCGUGCUUCCUUGUUGGCGACUUUUGAGGUUCUUGGGCCUCGGGCCAGAAAGACACAGCCGCCAUCACAUGCAGAAGCUUCGAGAGUACAGUCGUCAGAUUGUUGUCCGACUCUCUUCUUCUCUUGACACGCCCGCUGGAGACAGCUUUGUGGGGCUUUUUAUGAAAAGCGGAUCAAACUACAGCGUGGAAUUUUUGGUCGAUCUGGUGUUGAACUUUAUCAUCGCAGGACGGGACACAACUGCACAAGCAAUGUCUUGGUGUUUAUUCUUAAUCAUGCAGCACCCAGAGGUUGAGGAGCGGAUCCUUCAGGAAGUCCAGUCGGUUUUUGGAGAUCAACCGAUCACCUAUGAUCAGCUGUUCCAGCUCACCUACACAGAAGCCGUACUUCGAGAAUCCUUGCGCUUGUACCCCUCAGUCCCAAUGGACCCGAAGUGCCCCAGCGAACCUGAAACUCUUCCAGAUGGGACCUUUGUGCCAAGGGGCACCAGUGUCUUCUACAACUCCUAUGCCAUGGGGCGCUCAACCAACAUUUGGGGAGCAGAUGCUUUGGAAUUUCGGCCGGAUAGGUGGUUGAAUGCAGAGCCCAAAGACCCCUACGAAUAUCCAGUGUUUCAUGCAGGCCCUCGUGAGUGCUUAGGAAAACGCUUGGCAAUGGUAGAGAUGAAAACAGUGGUGGCAUCACUCAUCAAGCAUGUCAAGCUUCGGUUGGCUGUUCCUGUGGAUGCUGUGUUGCCAGACACUGCUGCAACUUUGGGAAUGUCAUCUGGACUGAGAUGUUAUGUGGAAAUGCGCUAGGCUCGCCACCAGAAAACCGAUACUCGUGCAAGCUUUUCUUCGGCUGCUUGUGCUAGGUUCGCACAGUAAUUUGACAUUUCUUUUUGAUGCAAACUCGUUGUCCGCGGUGAGUGUUUGAAUCCUACAUCAUUUGGCAACAUCCUUCCAAGCCACGACGUGCUUCGAGCCACGUGACAGGCCAGCGCAGGAAAAGAACUGAGCAACAUGGAAACCGA